GUGUUUCUAAGGAUUCUCCUUCUUGACGUGACUGCGCGAAUGCGUCGAAGGCCUGAAAACGGUCUCCGUCUCGCGUCGCAAUGUUCCCGAGGGCUUUGAAUCAGGCACGGCGAUGUUUUCCGCUCUCACUGGCAACGGAACGACAGCUCCCACAGAGCGUGGUCAUCCGAGAUCAUUUACGGCACUAUUCGAAAGCAAAAGGCAAAGUUGGCAAACCGAAACAACAGCUGCGAGAUGACGAGCUCGCCGAGGUACUCAAGGUCCAUGUUUUCCGCGAGCAGCUGGAGAAGAGCCUGCAGAGCCUCGGGAACGCCUAUCUGAAGCAAUUGACCAUCACAAACCCUGUGGCCGGGCUCGAUACAUUGGAAGUCGAAUUUGAGAACACGAAUGUGCUGUUGAGUGAGGUCUGCCAGAUCCAGAAGAAACCGAAUCUCGUGGUUCUACAGUUCAAUGCGUUUCCGGAAGCCGUCAAGCCCGCGGUCAAAGUCCUACAGAAUUCUGGCAUCUCUUCGAGUAUCCAGCAAGAGGGGACAACCGUAUACCUCCACUUGGCCAAGGUAACCAGAGAGCAGCGGGAACAGAUGGCAAAAUCAGCGAAGGCCCUGUUUCAGAAGACCAAAGACCAACUCCUACAAUUGGAAAGGAAGAGCUCAAAAGAGAUUCAGAAUAACAAAGAGGGUCAGUCGAGUGACCUGGUCUUCCAUGCUACCCAACAGGUGAAAUACGAAACCGAGCAAACUAUCGAGAAGGCGGAGGGAAUGAUGAAGGCUAAGCAGAAGGAGCUCUUAUCCUGAAUAAAGAGGAAAUCAUCUUAGAAAGCAUGUUUGUACUUCUCGGUUCCGUCUCGUAUUUCUCCGGGUAAACCUCCGUUGCUUCGUCGACCAUCAAUAAAACUAUGCCGUUCAUGACAAGAAUGGGAAUA